UUUUUAAUUAAAUCAACAUAUAAAAACACAAGAUACACUUACAAGUAGUGCACCAACCCAAAAAAACUCUCUCCCCCAUUUACACUCAUUCGCACAAUCAUUCACACUCAUUCGCACAAAAAGGUUGUUUAUUUCUGGUUCCUACAUUAUAUAUCAAUAUAGAUCAAUACAGUCUGCAGGGAUACAGUCCGUAAGCACACGAUUGUAUUUUUUUAUGACAAAAAAAAAUGUACAUAAUGUAAAUAAUUAAAUGUAUAUACUCCAAUGAUUAACUUGUGUGAUGACUGUAUUAUGAUGAUAGUAUAUAUUUGUACCAUGAAUUGAUUAACGUGGACCCCGACUUAAACAAGUUGAAAAACGUAUUGGGGUGUUACCAUUUAGUGGUCAAUUGUACGGAAUAUGUACUGUACUGUGCAAUCUACUAAUAAAAGUUUCAAUCAAUCAAUAGCUGCUGACCCCGUCCACAGCAAUGUAAAGCCUAAGUCGUGUGCUGGUAGCCUGUCUGCUUCUCUCUAUUGUGAGUGGGUUGCCUGCCAUUUUCCGUGUAGUCCCUCAUACAACCCCACUUCACAAAUCCUGAACUAUACCUUCAACUCGAAAUAAGUUUUAAAAUACAUGACUAGUGCAGCAACUGUAACCUAAUGUUUACCACACACACACACUGUUAAGAUUGAUAUUAAUAAUAUGAGUAGUAAAGAGUAGUUUCAGUACUUUUCAUAUGUGGCUAUAAGGGAUUUCUGACAUCUGUUUAAUAUGCUAACAGAUUUCAAGAAUACCUGAUGAACAAAAGCAUCACAAAUCAACCACAACAGCCUUCAAUCUCGCAGUUCCUGGACAAUCGUGUCGGGCAUUACAGUACGACUCAUCCACAGCAGAAAGCUAUCACCAAUGCAAUACUGUCUGACUUGAUUAUUGAUUGCAACUUGCCCCUGUCUAUUGUGGAAAACAAGAGUUUUCGCCACUUUCUGACAGUACUUGACAGCAAGUACAGCCCAGUGUGUCGCAGAACACUGACAUCAAAAACAGAGAACCUCGCUGAAGAAAGACGAUCAAAAUUAAAAACUCAAUUGAGCCACAUUGACCAUGUUUCAGUGACUGUGGACAUUUGGUCUGACCGACCGAAAGAUGAGGGGAUUCCUCGGUGUCACUGUGCACUGGUUGGACAAAGAGGCAGAGAGGAUACAGCUCAAGUCCAAUCUCUUGGCUUGUGAGCACUUCAAAGGCUCACAUACAGCUGAACGAAUCUGUGACAAAUUUGAGGCAAUAUGUGAUGAAUACAACAUUAAAGCUAAACUGGACUACAUUAUUAGUGACAAUGCUGCUAACAUGCGAAAAGCAUUCACUGUGUGCUUCCCCAGUGAACAAGAGGAUGACGAUGAUGGAGAUCAUCUUGAUGACCCUGAGCUCUGGUGUGAUUUAACCGUGGAAGAUCAGCAAACGGUAGAUGUUGCUUUGGCAAAGAAAAAGCGCUUGCAGUGUUUUGCGCACACUCUUCAGCUGGUGGUGGGAGAUGGUUUGAAAGAAACAAAAGUGGUAUCUCCUUCUCUUUCGAAGUUAUCUAAACUCAGCUCACUGCUGCACACAAGCACAACAUUCAAAGAUAUGUUUGAUGCUGAAUUUGGGGAACAGAAAGGCAUCCCUGCUGCAGUCAACACAAGAUGGAACUCAACACUGAGGCAAGUGAAGGCUGUUCUCCUGUGCAAUCAAGUACCGGUAAGGCUCUGUGCUGUUCUAGAAAAGGCUGGGCACAGGGAGUUGUCAUUCACAGCACAGGAGUGGAAUCUGUUGAAAGAGUUGGUGGACAUCUUGAAGCCAUUUGGAGAAGCAACUGAUUUGACACAGGGGGAGAAGGUCAUCACAAUCAGUGCUGUUGUUCCAUCCAUCUUGUCCCUCAACCACCACCUUGAGAAACUGAAGCCUCAGGUCUGUUUCCUGAGCGGCCUGGUCAGAAGUCUCCAGAUAUCCCUGAACAAAAGAUUUCUUGGAAUCUUCAUCAAUGUGAAAAUGACCAGGACACAAGAUGGGAUCACUGCUCCCUUUUCAGAUCCAGUCUACCUCAAAGCAGCUGCCUUGGAUCCAACCUUUUCUCUGUUGUGGGUGGAGCCCCAUGUGCUGGUCAGUCGUGACGUCAAGGCAGAGGUGACACAACAGGUUAAAGAAUUGAUCCUGCAAGAUGCUGCAGAGACUGAGCAACCUGCGCCUCUUGUUGAUGAAGAAGAGCAAGGGGACCUUGGAGAAGGAGAAGGGCUGUUUGCUGCUUACCACAAGAGACAGAAGAAGGAUGUUGGGACUACUCCAGCACUACAGCUAAGUCACUACCUUGACAUAGCUGAAGGACAGAAUGCCCUUUUGUUCUGGGCAUUGAACAUGAAGACUCUUCCUUCACUGUUCCGAGUGGCCAUGAGAGUCUUGGCAGUGCCUGCCUCCAGUGCUCCAGUGGAGCGAGUUUUCAGCCAUGGUGGCAUCAUACUACGCCCCCAUCGUGCACAAAUGACUGACAGAUUCUUGGCUAAUUUGGUCUUUUGCAAAUGCAAUGCAGCAUAGGGCCCUGACAUAUAAAAAGUACAACUUUUUUGUUAUGUUCACGUAUAUGUCAUGUUUUUUCAAUGUUAACACUUUUGUACAAAUAAGUACAUUUGCACUUUAUUUUUCAAUGUGUUUAUUCUGUAAAGGAAUUAGUUAAUGUUUAAAAUGACUGGUUAAUUAUAUUAUACUAUUAUAAAGUGCAAUGUCAGCACAAUUUUCUUUCCUGCAAUUUAAAAUGCACUUGUUUUAAUAAAUAAAUACAGCGUUUGAAAAGCAUACACAAUCUGUGUUAAUAUAUUAGUCUGUGGUUAAAAGGACUUGAAAGGACUCGAAACUCAAAAUGACUUGGGACUUGACUUGAGACUUUCCAGUCUUGACUUUGGACUUGACUCGGGGCUUGCCUGUCUUGACUCGGGACUUGACUCAGACUUGAGGGCAAAGACUUGAGACUUACUUGUGACUUGCAAAACAAUGACUUGGUCCCACCUCUGGUAGUGACACUACAAUGAUAUGGACACUGCAGAAACAGUAUUAUGCUGGAAAUGAAAAUUAGAGAUAUUGAUGAAGAGAACGAAUGAUGUAAAAUGAGAAUGGUGUUAUGUGUUAUGUAUUGUGAAUUUGAAUAAUGACAGAAUGAUUGUGAUAUUGAUUAUUAUUGUGAUAAUAUAAAAAUAUGAACAUUGAAAAGACAAUGGGAAAAAAACAAAAGAAAGAGACAGAAUAUAUUUUUGUGGUUCAAUAAAAACACAAUCCUGUGGAAUUUGUGA